UCGUCAUAACAGAUGCGCGAUGCUUUGACAAAGCGUAGCUGUCGUAGUCGGGUAGGCGCACAUUUCAGACAGCGCGUCCGAGCGUGCGACAUAAGAAACGAACCGGCCUUGUAUCCACGCAUGGAUCCGCCCGUCCGGUAAACGGAUAUUGCUGUAGUCAGAGGCUCAACGCUACUCUACCGCCGUUCGUCCGCGCUCCUCAUGGCAACAACACGCUGCAACGGCAGAAGGUCAUCCGGUGUCACAUUUACUCGACGAAACAUCGCGACAGUUUUUUGCAUGCGCUGAUAGAGUUCCAGUAGUGAACUUGAAUGUGCCCCUGCAUCGAUAAGACCUGAAGUUAAAUAACGGAAGACGCGACUCUCUACUCUCAACUGUUCUUUAAUCUACAGUGCUGUUCUGGUCAAGCCUAACAAGGACCUUCGCUCAAGGUUUGGCCUGCAUCUUAUCCAACCAGAUCGUUGCAAAUGAUGACUUUUGCACGAAACAAGAAACACCAUAACUGAGAAGACGAUACAACUAAAAACGGAGAAAGGAAGAACAAAGGCGUUUAUGAAGCGGGCAUUCUCCACAUCAAGGUAGGAGAUGCACUUCCAUCCUUAUAUUAGCAAGCGAUUUACGAUAAAGCAUUUUUAUUGCCUCGUAGUAGGCGCUACGUUUCUCGCCGCAUGCUCCGUGUUUUAUAUAUCAAGGCCAAGACACCCGCUUCCGCCGUUUUACUGUUGGGACCUGCCAGUGCCAGAGGUGACGGUAGAAGAGUACAACGAUACGUUCGUGCCAAACAUUGUGCAUUUCAUAAGACUCGGGAACGCUUCGUUGUCCUUCAUCGAGGUCGUGAGCAUUCGAGCAGCCUGGCUCCAGCAAAACCCGGACUUUUUGAUGAUCCACUGCGACAACUGUAGCGCGACCACUCAAAGCGAGAACUGGAAGCACAUUAAGGACAUACCACGGCUGACUCUCAGGUACGUCGAGAAACCGGAGACAAUCUUUGGCAUCAAGGUGAGCUGGAUCGAGCAUGCCUCCGACAUUGUUCGCAUUAGGGUGCUGAGGAAGUACGGAGGAAUCUACCUCGAUAGCGACUCCUACAUCGUGAAGAGUCUGGACAAGUACAGGCGCUACGAAACAGCUAUAGGAUGGCCGCCAGGCCAGAGCAUCGGUAACCAGAUCAUCGUGACCCACAAACAAUCCGAGUUCCUGCGUCUGUACUACGAGUCCUAUCACAAGUAUCGGCCUGACCUUUGGUAUUACAACGCCGGUCACCUACCGACGCAGGAGAUCCUCGACACGAAGCCUCACCUUGUCUACAGAAUUCCGUGCGACUUCGGAGUGCACGAAGACAUCACCAGGAUCUUGUUUGAACAGUGCAAUGAUGACUGGAGGAACUUCACGGCUGUGCACGCGUUCUUCAGGCACAGGGCUUACUACUGUCCCUUUGACAAAUUCGGACCAAUCAACUUCGAGACUGUAGGACGGUACGCAGCAAAUUUUGGGAAGAUGGCGCGACUCGUACUCACAGGCUCGACGAAGUUGGGUGGAUCGUCGGUGAAGAACAUAUCUUUACUGAGUGCGGAAAAGUUGGAUUAUUCUGAAGGAUGUGGAUAAAUUUUUCGCGUGACAUAUAGAAUUGCUUCUGUGAGUAUUGCCAGGAUGCACUAUAUCCGCAGUGAGAAUGAUUUAGUCAUU